AUGCAGUAUUACCCACGUUCCGAUUGCAGAUUAGUGAUCAGUGCAGCCUUGGAUCCAUUGUGGAACCAGAAUCCGCCUGGGCACCCAGCCUAUGGGACGGAGAAACUCCAACCCAGCAACUACUCACUGGUGCUGCUUAUUCAGCUCAGCCUGCUCUCCUUCGACCUAUUUGUUAACUCGUUCAGUGAGCUGCUUAGAGAUGAGCAAGCAGUCCAACUGGUACUUUUUGUCAUUCAAGACAUUGCCAUCUUGUUCAACCUCAUUAUCAUUCUCUUGAUGCUGUUUAACACCUACGUGUUCCAGGUCGGUCUGGUAGCCAUAUUGUUGGAGAGAUUUAGAGCUUUGCUAAUGCUCUCUGCACUCUAUUUGACCUUCAGUGUAAUACUCCAUUCCUGGCUCAUGAAUCUUCGAUGGCUAAAUACCAAACGAUUUAUUUGGACAGAUGGCCUUCAGUUGAUGUUUGUGUUCCAGAGAGCUGCGUCUGUGUUGUACUACUACUUCUACAAGAGGACCUCAGAGUAUUUGGGUGACCCACGGCUCUAUGAGGAUUCACCGUGGCUGCGAGAGGUCUUUGCGCAGGUCAGGCAAUGACACCCCACCACUACUACAGAUGAGAGUUGCUAUAAAAUCCACAAUACACAGUGAAACAAUGAUUUGCUUUGUUACAUUUGACAUAGUUUUGUGCAUGUUUGCAUACGUUCUCGAUAUUUCAAGAGUAAUAAUUACAAUUGUGGGUUUAUUUGUCACCGUACUUAUCCACAGAUUGAAUUUGCCAAAUCAAUCACAUGGGAACUACGGUAGUGAAAAAUGUUGUUGAAAUGUGCCAAAAUUUGUGUAUUUUAAGUCCGAAGUUGUUUUAAAAUUUGACUGUCGUGUCGAGACUCAUGAACAGAGAUUUAUU